GUCUUAUGACAGCUUUUGUAGUUUUUGUAGCUCUGUUUGUACUUAGCAACGUGCUCCGUCCAACUUGAGUAAAUCAUCGUGGAGCUGGACACCAGAGGACACUGAAACUGGGCAAACUUUGCAUGGUGUGAGUCUUACAGUGCUUACAGUGCUUACCCGGCCUGGUGGCAGACAGCAGCAGUUCAGUCUGAGUUGAGCUGCUGUUAUGGAUGAUUUGGAAGCAGAGCAAAGCCCCCCUCAGGAGUCAGAUGAAGACGAGCCCUCAGACAGUAACACUCAAAAUGGAGCACAACUGUCAAAACUACCUUUGGCAGAUCCCAUAUUUCAAGAAACAAUCAAAGAAUCAGGGUUUCACAGGACCACACGGAUUUGUCUGGAGCAGAUCAGAGAAGCCAUGUUGCAUCAUAGAUGGCAAGAAGCAGCAGAAUAUAUGAGUAGUUGCUACCAAAUGUUGGAAGACACAAAAGGAGGCUCAUUACAGCGGAUUAGAGAGAUCAUUUGGAGAAUAAGCACUGAGAUCCUACACCAUCACCCUAACUCAAAGAUGGAAGACUAUAACAACAUCUAUGAACGGAUGAAACAUUCAGGAGUGAAACAUUACCUGAUGAUCUGUCUGGAACAUUCUUUCCACCUGCUGGUGAAUGGCCAGAUUGAGGAUGCAAAGCGCCAGUUGUCUAUUGCAGAAAGUUGGAAGUAUGGGAAGCUGUUUGCAGGACAGUCUCAGAGGAGUAAACUGAUCCAGGCCUACAGGAGUUUGCUCGAGUAUUUCAUCUGGUGUGACAAAAAAUUCACACACUCCCUCACCGAUAAUCCUGAUGAUGGUGCCACUGAAGAGAUGCACAGGUACUUCAGACACUCCGCUGUCAACCUGAAAGACAUUUUGACAAAUCCAGGCAUCUGGGAUCCCUUUAUACUGAGUUAUGUUGAUAUGUUGGAAUUCUAUGAGGAUAAUGAAGAGGCUUUGAGGGUCCUGAAUGACUAUGCAUAUAACAGCUCUUUUCCCCUAAAUCCCAAUGCGCAUGUGUUCUUGUACCAGUACCUCAAGAGGCAUGAGGCUCCACAGAGUAAACUAAUGAAAGUAUUAAAGGGCCUCUAUGCUCUAGUCCCAAGUCACGAGUUGAUGCUGGAAUACUGUUCUCUGCUGCUUCAAUCAGAAAAAGAAGACAACAUCCAGAAGGCUUUAGGAGUCAUUCUAGAUAUGUUGGACUACACCUGCUGGAAGACCAACUUGGAAGUGUGGAAGUGUCUGAAGACCAUUAUUGACAAAUUGAAGCUUCAAAAUGCAGGAAAUUGGAGUGACAUCAUAUCUGGCAAAAUGGAGGCAAGAAAAGACUGGUGGCCUGCGCUGCACUUCACAAGUUUCCAUGCCAGGAAAGACUCUGAGGAGAACCCAGAGUUGGUUGAAAUGAAGGCAUCACUGACAUCAGUCCUUUUCCCAGACCAAACUCUUAACUACACCGCUGAAGAGGUUAUCAGUGGAGAGAGGACUUAAAAGAAGAGCACAAAUGAAAAUAUCAAAGUGUGGCUUCAAAGUAUCAACUGUCGCUGAAAUACUGUCAGGAAAUGUGGUAGUAACCUUGGCAAAGGCAUCUUGAUAAAGAACACAAGUCUAACUGGCAGAUGUGAACGUCAUUACAGCUUUUUUCCCCAUGAAAGGAAAGAGAUUUUUUUCCCACGUGUGCUGAAUUGAAUCUAGAGGUUUAUAUCAUCAAGGUAUUCUACAUUGUCCACUAGGUGGAACUCUUGUUAUGUAUUUUUGUAAUGACUAGCUGCUGAGUUUUACCACUGCAUUUUGACAAACUGUACAAAGCUCGGUGUCCGUCUGUAAUGUUUCAGUAAACAUUUUAAUGAAAGCCCAGU